ACACUUUUUUUGGUGAUUCACUUUCAUAUGCUUUGAUAAUAUAUGUGUGUUUAAGAUAACCCCAUUUCCUCUAGGAAAAAGGUUAGCUUGAAGAUAAAAUAUUUGUGCAUCACUAAGAGUCCAAGUCCUUACUAUUUUUUUUUCUCUUCAAUAGCUAUUUAUCAUCGGUUCAUAAGUUGAAAACGUGCACAAAAAAAUAAUUAGAUAUUUCUGGCAUCUUCUGAGACACUCAGCAAGACUUCUUAAAGCAGCCCUUAUUUCAAAUCAAAACCUUGUUUCCUGCUUUUAUCCAAUAUUUUAUUUGGAUUGCGUUUUCUCUUGUCUGUCUGUACCAAUGUAACUGAUUCCUUUGCCAAGUAAAAUAAUGCUUAGAGCUAGAAUCUCUUUAUUCUUUACUAGUUUUUACUACUUUUACAGGAUUCCUGGGUUUCUUUCCAACUUUUUUGCUUAUUUCUUUGGUUGGGAAAUUUUCUAUGACUUUUUUCUUUUUUAUGAGUGUUUUGCAUGAAAAUUUCUCUGAUACAUUUUCUUGACCCAUUUUUUUGAUCCUUUUAUCUGCUAAUUUCCAUACUUUGAUCAAUCAAUGUACAUUUAGAUCAAAAUAUUUUGAGAGUCUUGAGUGGUUGACUUCACAAGGAAAAGAACACAUGAUCCGGUAAUUUUUUGUAGGUGGGUGAAGAGAAUUGUGGAUGAAAUUCCUGUGAAGCUUGAGAUUUUUUGUUGUCUUUCCUUUUAAUACAAUCCCCACGUUUGUGCCUUCCUUUCUCUUUUUAAUCACCAAUGAGAGCUCUCCUUUUUUACCAAAAUUUUAAACAGUUUGCCGGAGAUUGUUCCCUUUUGAUUCUGAAACAAACAUUAUGAACUGCUGUUUCUUGGUAGUCGUCUUUCUAGCCAUAUAUUCCAGGUACCAUCAUGUCUCCUGUUAGGACCAUCUAGCAAAGCUGUCCAUGAAUCCUGGUGAUCUGUUAGAGGAUAAGAAUUUUAAUCAUUGGAUCAUAUAAUAUUAGCUGUAAUCAAACAUUUUUUUGUCAAUCAUCUGCACAUGAGGGUUAAAGAAUAAAGAAAUAGAAAUUUUGAGAAAAAUGUUAAGAGCAUGCAUACCUUGAACUAACCGCCCUUAAUUAUUAAUUCAAAAAUGUCCAGCUCUAGGAGUCCCCUUUCUUUUCUUCUUCUUCUUUUUUUUUUUUUUGUGAAACUCAAAAACACACUGACUCUUCUAUUGAAUGAGAUGAAAGCUUUUUCUUUUGUUGUAUUUUUCAGGAGAACUGAAUGGAGGGUGGCCAGAGAGGGUCCAACAGAGAAUUGACGUCAGCACACAUAUUUGUCAAAACCAUUAACAACAUUUCUGAACCAGAAAAGCAAAUUAACUAUUGAACUCACCAAAGGACAAAAGUGUUCAGUUUCUUUUUUCUUUGUUUUAGUAAUUUUUAAUAUUGGGAUACUCAACAAGAAUAUUAUGGCCUCUUUUCUCAAAU